UUCCAGCACAGCAGAAGGAGGAAACAGCAAAUUUCCAUGCUUUUCUGGCCAUAAGCACCCCCAUCUUCCUGCAAAGCCCCCAUUUCCUUCCAGGGAAGUGUAAAGGGCUUUACUAGAAGCAGCUCUUUGGCAUUUUAGCAUUAAAUUCCCAUUUAUUCCAUUCUUUUGAGACUGGGAGAAUAAGAAAUGUGGAGCUUUUCCUAGCACUUGGCUUCAUUACUGCAGGCAGUGCAGCAACAGCGAUCUCACCUUAUUGCUCUGAGCAGCGCAUGAUGACAUAAACACAUCCUCAAUGACAGCAAGUUUUGCACAGGGGAAGCUCCAGCCAAGUUCAAUGCUUUGUUCCCACUUCUAGGUGAGGGAUUUCCCAGCCAACAUGACCUGAAGGGUUUGGUGGAGGCACUGCUGCCAUGAACUGCUUUGUGUCACGUCCUUAGGAGUGAUGGCCACUCGGUCCCCACUCUGUCCCACAGCAGGGCUGGAGCCACCCAUGCCCCAGCACAGAAGGAAGGCAGGCUCCCAAAACCAACUUUGUUUCUCCCAGCUUCCAGCCAAGCAUUUCUGAUAACCACAGUUUGGCAAGGGCUGUAAUUUCUCUGGUUUAUAUAUAGAGGAGCUGAGGCUGGGCUGGAGACAAGGACGAUAUAAAAGGGUCUGCUCAGCCCCACUCCUGCAGCCAGGCUGGUGGAGCCGGAGAGCUGCGGGGUGCCCCUCUCUGUGGCCAUGGACACAUCCUACCCACGGGAGGACUAUCUGCCCAUGACAUCCCACAAGCGGGUCUCAUCUCCCACCACCGUCACCUCUGCACCACUCCGUGACCACCUCAUCUGGUCCAUCUUCAACACCAUCUACAUGAACUUCUGCUGCCUUGGUUUCGUGGCUCUCGCCUUCUCUGUCAAGGCACGGGACCGGAAGGUUGCAGGGGAUGUGGAAGCCGCUAAGAACUUCAGCUCCAAAGCCCGCUGCUACAAUGCACUGGCCACAGCUGGCAGCGUGCUGCUGCCAAUCCUGCUCGUUGCUCUGGUGGUCACCGGUGUCCUCCACCUCUCCAAGCUCGCCCAGGACUCCGUGGGCUUCUUCAGCUCCCAGUUUGGUGCCAGCGAUGAUGAGGACAAGUGAGCAGCGGGCAAAAGGGUGGCAAAAGCUCCUUUGCAGCCCUGCUGGUCCAGCCCUGCUGUGCCCAGCCCUGUGGCUCUUGGGGCAGCAAUGUUAUUUGUUGUGGUUAUUUGGUGGUGGUGUAUUGUUUUUUUAAACCUCUUCCUUGGUGCUUUAUAUUUAAGUCAUUAAAUCGUUUCACCCAUCUCAAA